AUGUCUGAGGAAAAGAAAUAUAUAGCAGCACUUGUGAUUGAUUUCCUCGUUAGCUCCGUUGAGACAGGAGAUGUUCCGGAAGAUAACAAAGAUUCAGUUGAGUUUGCCGUUGAAAGCAUUCAGGACGCGUUCAAUGUUAAGAAGGAAGAAGUCUCCAAGAUUAUUAAGGACAAGUUUUCGGGGAAAAAACUCACGGAUAUUGUAAAUUUCUCAGGCAAAAAAGAGAGUUCAGAGAACAAAGAAGACGAUAAAGUCUCAGAUGAUCUAUCGGACGAAGAUAAAGCGAAGGCAGAUGCUCUUAAGCUCGAGGGAAACAAGGCAAUGACACAAAGAGACUUUUUGGGGGCCAUACAGAAGUAUUCAGAGGCCAUUGAGAUUAAUCCAACAAAUGCUGUGUACUUUUCAAACAGGGCAGCAGCAUACUCUUCAGCACGUAAGCAUAAUCUUGCUCUUAAAGAUGCAGAGAGAGCUAUAAAGCUUGACUCAAAGUAUGCCAAGGCAUGGUCGAGGUUAGGACUUGCAAAGUAUGUUUUAGGCGAUGCUAAAGGUGCAAUGGAGGCUUAUGAGCAAGGCUUGAAAAUUGAGGGUGCAAACCCAUCGGCAACGAUGAAAAAAGGUUAUGAGACCGCAAAAAAGCGGGUUGCCGAGCAAAACGAUACAUCUUCCGAACAGUCUAACACUUCUGAUGCCAGAGAUAGCAAUUCUGCCACAGGUGGCAACCCAUUGGGUGGUUUGAGCGGCUUGUUAAAUAAUCCAAAUGUUAUGCAGGCUGCUCAACAGAUGAUGCAGAACCCAGAAGCUAUGCGUGGACUCAUGAACAAUCCACAACUUCGUCAAAUGGCACAGAGUAUGGGUCUAGGAGGUGCUGGAGGAAACGGGGCAGGUGCAACAGGUGGUAACGGUUCGUCUCCAUCAUUGCAAGAUUUAAUGAACAAUCCAAUGCUCAGAAACCUGGCAAGCCAAUUUAUGGGAGGGCAGCAGGGAAAUCAAGACAGUAAUGAUAGCAGCAGCGGCAACAACAACAACAAUAAUGCUGGUCAAUAA